CGUGCGCAUGCGCCCCGAGGAAGCAAGCGACAGUUGUGGGGAGGGAAGACGAGGUGUUGGGGGUCGCCGCCAUGGUUGGCCAGGACCGGCCCCAGCGCUGUCUGUGGCGCAGACCCUUUGCCGAGCCCCGGCCCCGGCCAUGGAGCGCCUAACGGUGUCCCCCCAGGCCGCCGAGGCCGUCGAUGACUACCUGGAGUACCGGAGAAUUGUUGGUGAGGAUGAUGAAGGGAAACUUUUAACCCCAGAAGAAUAUGAAGCCUACAAGAAAAAAACUUUACCCAUGCGAUUAAAGAACAGGUUGUAUGUGAGCUGGAGAUCUCCAACUGGCAUGGAUUGUAAACUCGUGGGCCCGGAGACGCUCUGCUUUUGUUCACAUAGGUAUAAACAACAUAAAACAGACUUUCAAGUUAUCCCAAAAGAUCGUCCUAUUUGUGUACCUUGUAGGGUGAAUCGUUGUCUGUGCAAUUCCUAUAAUUAUGUUCCUCUAAAUGGCACUCAACCAAUUCGCUGUAGAUGUAAACACUUCGCCGAACAGCAUAGUGCAGCUCCAGGGUUUUCUUGCAAUGUGUGUUCAAAAUGUUCAGGAUUUCAUAGUUCGUUCACUUGUGGUUGCGGUCAGCCCGCAUAUGCUCAUGAUACAGUAGUGGAAACUAAAGAGGAGAGACUGGCCCAGGGAAAACCAGUGGGGCAGGAUGUUCCCUAUGCUGCAAUGGGAGGAUUAACUGGUUUUAGUUCUCUCGCAGAAGGCUACAUGAGACUAGAUGACAGUGGAAUAGGUGCACCUUCACUUGAAUGUCUGGAAUCUCCUGAAACUGCCAUGGAUCACCCAUUUAUUAAAGCAUUUCAAAGACCAUCCUGUUCUCAGUCUAGAUCAACAGAUGAUUCCGCAGGCACAAGCAGUCAGAUUUCCUGCUUAAAGAGACCUGGAGAGGAUGACAUGGCUUUCUUUGAAAGGAGGUACCAGGAGCGGCUAAAAAUGGAAAAAGCUGAUAAACAGAAAGGAAAAGCUUCACUGCCACCAACAACCAAACAUCCGUGAAGUUAACUGGGUGAAAAGAAUUACUACAAUCUUUAAAAGGAAAAAAAAGAAAGAAAGAAGUUGGGGAUGGCAAUUGUGUAUCACCUUUACUCUGUGUUUAUGUGUAUAUCUGUUUUUCCUCUGGCUAAUUUAAUAUUUUACUAUAAUAAAAUAUAUCUUCAAAAUUGUAUUUAAGCAGAAUUUGAUGAAAAUCUGUUUUAACUGUGUACAUAAUCUUUUUCCUUUUUGCCCAAUCACUUUUUAUUAUAAUGUGGUUCAGAUAAGCAGUUCUAGAAAAUAUAGUGGACUUUACAUUAUAUUUUAUCUUUCAGCUCAAGAUAUCGGAAUUAAAGUAGUAAUUGAGCAUACUGCACAGUGUUUGGUGAUUAAUAAAAUAAAAUCUACAUGGAUGAAAAGCAUUUCUCCAAGCAAUUCUUUGCUGAAUUAAUGUCAUAAGAUGUUGUAGAGAACUCUUAUGUAGUACAGAGAUGUUAACUUUUUUAUGAAAAUAUGUUGUCCAAUGCCAGAACUCCAUUUUGUAGUUCAGAUUUUCUCCAUUACUGAUAAAUUAAAAAUAACUAUAAAUACAA